AUGGUUGAUUCUUUCCGUGGUACCCCCGGACAAGGCGACCGAGGGCAAGGUCGUGGUGGUCGUCACGGAUGCUCACCAUCCAGCGGGUUGCCCACCGCCGCUCACAGGCCAUCAGGAGGCAAACAAAAAAAGGAGCGCGGCUUCCGUCGGGAGCGCAGAGCUCGGUCGCUCGUCAUCGCCAACGCGUUCGAUGUGAGCUGCGCCCACCUGAGCCAGUGCCGAAAAAAGGGCAGCCUCUUUCUUCUACCUCUGCCUAUUGCUGCUGCUCAGCGCCGUUUUCUCGUCGUGGAGCGCAGCAUCAGUGGAAGCGACGAUGUCCUCUACAGCCAACACAGGGAUGUGUGGGAGUGCCUACCGCGAGGCAAUGCACGUGUAUACAUAAAAACCGACUCGCCAAAUGGCACCGUUGGCUACACACUCGUGGGAGCUGUCAACGGACUGCGCAAGUUUGGCGACAAGGACAGCACCUACGGCUACCCGGACGCUGUGCAGACCGUCAUCGCCAUGGAGACAGGGAGCAGUGUGUGUGGACACCUCUCCGCAUUUGCGUUGCCUCUCGCCAAGAGGGGCGAAACGUCAGUGGAUGCUGACACGAGCUGUGAUGCCGCUGAGGUGGAGGAUACUUCUCAUCGCUUCUGGGUAAUAGGGAGCAAGGAUGUGCACAUUGUGCUUGACUACGCCGUCUCCGAAGAGUGCCUGCACUACUACAGCAGCCUCGGCUGCCGCUACUCGCACGCGAUUAAGAUAUCUCGGCUUUGGAAAGCAAUGCUCCCAGGCGGUGCUGAACUGUCCUCUGCCAACUCCGAUGCGAGGGCCGCGGCGUCCCCAACGUUGACGCCGGCGCAGGCGCGCGCGCUUCAUGACGCCCUUCACAAGGAGAUGUGGACCAGCUGCUUCGAGGUUACCUUCUCGGACAGUACACCUCUCAUGGAAGACAGCGGCGUCAACAAGCUGCGGUUCUAUGCGGUGACGCUUAAUAAGCGCGCCUUCAAAGAAGCUUGUACUGGCCACCCCGCUCUCUCAGGCAACAAGGCAAAGGAGAGGGGCAAUGGCGACUCUCUUGAAGAAACCGCAGAUGCGCCAAACAAGGCGCCACAGUAUUCGCGGCAAGAUGGCCUCUGUAUCCCAGUGGCAGACGCUGAGGCGUUUUACGCCAGUGUCGGGCUCCCCUUCUCGCACUACGGCUCGUCGGUCGUGUACAGCUCUCCCGAGUACGUGCAGCUCGUCGACACGAUUCGCCGAAGCGUUAACUCGGAGGGCUGCGUCAUGUGCGGCGCCGACGCAGGCGGAAAGGUGGUGCGAUUGUGGACGGAAAAAUCACACCCGUAUGUCAUGGAGCGCAUCACGCGGGAGGCCAUCACAAACCACAAGCUCACCAGCAAUGAGCUCCAGGCGUUGCUCAAGAAGAAGCUGGACCACCAACCCCCAGAGCUGCGAGACUACUUCAAGGACUGGGAGAUGCACCGCAUGCCCUGGCUCCUGCACUUUGCUGCCUGGCUGCAGAUGACUCGGCGCCUCACGCCACACAUGCAGCGCAACGAACUGUUCCAGCAGCGAAGUCGAUGGCACUCUCUCCAGAAGGAGUUCCAGACCGCCGUGGACUCCGACCCGAAGCUAUACAGCGAGUGCGAGCAGUACCAACACGAUCCGGUGGAGUGGGACAGCGGUACGCAGGAUUUGGAUGUGAUCAAGUUUGUGGGGUCGCAAGGGCAUGGCAAGUCCACCUUGGGCCGUGCCCUCUACGCACUGCUGCAAAAGGCACAGUACGGCCCCUGUUGGGUAAAUCAGGACGAGUUAGGCGACCGCAAGAAAUUCCUCGCCUCGCUUCGUCAAGCCGCGAAGGCGGGGUCGAAGGUGACGCAUUUGAUAAUUGACAAGAUGAACCUGGACGCUGAGAUGAACCAUGACUACGACAAUCUACCACUGAGCUUGACGGUGACGUGGUUUCACCCCGAUGGGGAGAAGGGACUGCACAGUGUGUGCGUGGACCGCGUGCUCGGACGCGGGAGCUGCCACCGAUCCCUCCGUGUUGACCCGAAUCUGGCACCGCAGGAACGCCAGGCGCAGAUGAAGACCAUACGAAGACUUGUGCACAGAGCGUUGAAAGCCUGUGAGAUGCCAAAGGACCCGCCAGAGUUGGUGCUCGAGCUGGACAUCACCACGCCAAUCAACGAUAUGGUGCGUAGGAUAUGGGAAAAGCUUGAGGACAACGGCAUGCACACGCUACCGCCUGUCACGGACAAGGAUAUCAGCGAGGCGAUUGACUUGUCUCACCAAUACGAAUCAUUUUUGGGCAAGCUGCCGCGCCACCCAAUUUACGCCUGCAUCAGCAUACAGCAACAAGAGGACGUGGCGAGGCUACUCAGUGUGGUUCCUCAGGAGUUCACUGCAGGGCAGGUGGUGCAGCGCGCGUUCCACCUCACGACAAAGUACUUUGGAGGUGUGAUGGACCCUGUGGCGUUUGUUCAGCUUGCCAAACUCCUUGGCCAGUCUGUCACGCUCACCUUAGAGUCUGUCGUCGCCGAUCCUGACGGGGUGGCGGUUACCGUGUUCCGUGACGACGCACACUACCCCUGCGCCAACCCCAUACCGCACAUCACCAUCUCAAACCGCAAGGGUGUGCCGCCCAAGUACAGCAACGAUCUGAUUUCCCCCACCGCCUACCCAGGUGAUCCCGCGAAGCGAAAGGUGGUGCAAGUACCGCCAAACUGCACUAUAAGUGGCAUCUUCGAGUUCCGAUGA